AAAUCCAUGUGAAUGUACAUUUGGGCUCUAGGUGCGCAGUGGUUGUAAGUUGUACGGUGUUUGGUUGUGCCCUUCCACUCGACACCUGGUCAUGGCAACCCUCCGGUACCUCAACACCUUCAUUGAUGAGGAGCCAACUGGGCGCGUCUUUGAAUCCCGUUCCAAGAGCUGGCCUCAACUUGGUGGCUUGGGGCAUGCGAUGGAGGAGAUAGAGGGGAAUGUGGAGACGCAAGCUGCCAGCUAUGUUGCUGAGUUGGAGGGCAAAUGGAGCGUCACCUUUGGUGAACGGCCACAGAUUCCCCCAGAACCAGAGACGCAGAUGGCUCUGCCGACUCAGUCAGCACAAGAAGCAGCACCAGAAGUACCGCCCGCAGUGCAGAAUGCUGCGGUGGCAGAGAUUUCUCAGGCCCCAACCAGCAAAGGCAGCCGUGGUCAUCCAGUAGUGUGCUUCCGCCCUUGCAUCCGCUUGGCGAAGGGAAUCUGCGAAAUGGGAGAUGCUUGUGACUAUUGCCACUACAAGCAUCCCCGCUAUGUAACUCCAGACAAACGCCAGCGGUUUCUGUUGAACCACAUGGAGAUAGGCGAACUUCUGGCAGUGCUCUUGCCACAUGUUCGUCGUUCUAUUGAAGUGGCUCAGAUUGAAGCUACCAACAUCGUUGAGAUGCUGGAAGCGGAAGUCGGUUCAACGCAGGCUCCCAGUGUAGAUCGUGUGCUACUUCGGACCUUGCGGCAGAUGCCUCUAUCAGCACUUCUUGGCUUGAUCAUGGCGAGAGAUGGCUUUCGAGCCUUGCUUGAACAAGAAGUCGAAGUGCUGCGCUGCCGUCUGGGCUGAAAAUCCUUCUGGCUGAGCCGGAGCAAAUAGCAAGAUGUGUAAGUUCCUUUAGCGACUAGAGGGCAAUUUCGGGCUGGAGGGCAUUGAUUGCCUGUACCAUGCCUGCAUCCGAUACUGUCGUGCGUGUUUAAAGCUGCCACAACUGUAGCGAGCUUCUUUCCCUUGCCCAACGGCACGGGAUUCAUGAGGAUUGCAAAGUGCCUUGAAGUUCAAGAAUGUUCA